GUUCCUUCAAUUAUGAGUAACAUGCUGAAUCCGGAUGCUAUUUUUUCAAACAAUGAAAUGAGCCUGUCAGACAUUGAGAUUUAUGGUUUUGAUUAUGACUACACAUUGGUCUUUUAUUCUAAACAUCUGCACACGCUGAUCUUCAAUGCUGCUCGAGAUCUUCUUAUUAAUGAGCAUCGGUAUCCUGCAGAAAUAAGAAAAUAUGAUUAUGAUCCCAAUUUUGCAAUCAGAGGACUUCAUUAUGAUGUGCACCGGGCAUUAUUAAUGAAGAUCGAUGCUUUUCAUUAUAUUCAGCUGGGAACAGUUUACAGAGGCCUCAGUGUUGUCCCAGAUGAAGAAGUCAUUGCAAUGUAUGAUGGUUCCCAUGUCCCUUUAGAACAAAUGAGUGACUUUUAUGGAAAGAGCUCACAAGGAAAUACAAUGAAGCAAUUCAUGGAUAUAUUUUCCUUGCCAGAAAUGACGCUCCUUUCUUGUGUGAAUGAGUAUUUUCUGAAAAACAACAUAGACUAUGAGCCUGUUCAUCUGUACAAAGAUGUCAAGGAUGCAAUCAGGGAUGUCCACAUCAAAGGAAUAAUGUACAGAGCAAUUGAAGCAGAUAUUGAGACAUACAUCUGCUAUGCCGAACAAACUCGUGCGGUGUUAGCAAAGUUGGCUGAUCAUGGCAAGAAGAUGUUUCUCAUCACAAACAGUCCCAGCAGCUUCGUGGACAAAGGCAUGAAGUUCAUAGUUGGCAAGGACUGGAGGGAUCUCUUUGAUGUGGUCAUUGUACAGGCUGAUAAGCCAAACUUUUUCAACGAUAAGCGAAGACCAUUUCGGAAGGUGAAUGAAAGGGGAGUGUUGCUUUGGGACAAAAUUCACAAGCUGCAGAAAGGUCAGAUUUACAAACAGGGUAACUUGUACGAAUUUCUGAAGCUUACUGGCUGGAGGGGCUCUAAGGUUCUCUACUUUGGUGAUCACAUUUACAGUGACUUGGCAGAUUUGACCCUGAAGCACGGCUGGCGCACUGGUGCAAUUAUUCCAGAGUUACGAUCGGAGAUUAAAAUCAUGAACACAGAGAAGUACAUUCAAACCAUGACCUGGCUGCAAACCUUGACAGGAUUACUGGAACACAUGCAGGUUCACCGUGAUCCUGAUUCACAAAUGAUUUUAGAAGAAUGGAAGAAGGAAAGGAAGGAAAUGAGGGAGAUGAACAGGAAUUUCUUCAACGCACAGUUUGGAAGCUUAUUCAGAACUGAUGAGAAUCCAACUUAUUUCCUAAGACGUCUCUCUAGAUUUGCGGAUAUCUACAUGGCAUCAUUGAGUUGUCUCUUGAACUAUGAGCCUGAUUACACGUUUUAUCCAAGAAGGACUCCUUUGCAGCAUGAACUUCCUGGCUGGUCAGACCAGCUGUGCACUGGUACAUUCAGAAUACCUUUCCUACAGGAGACAGUUCAGGUCAAAUAAGCACUUGACUUGUUCUCCCUAAAAUGGGCAAAUACAUUUCUUUUUUUUUUUGAAUGUACAUGUAUUUUAUUUAAGUCACUUCAAAUCUGUUAUCUUGAUUUAGAUGUAAUUCAUACUUGUUCUUAUAAGCAUCGUGCCCAUUUUCUUCACUCCUGCUCGGAGAUGUGAAAACUCCUCUUACACACAGAAGAGAUGAUGGACUGCCAAAAUAGUAGUGGGCUGGGAGGGAGGGCAAAUUUGAGGGGAGGGACUGGUGGUGUUCUGGGGUGGUUGUUUUUGUUUGUUCAUUGGAAAUUUCGAUCUGCAGCCUUGUGGUUUACAAAGAAAUACCUAUACUCUCUGUUCUGGCCCUGAUCAGAACUCCAGCUGGAGCCUGUAAUGGAUCUUGUCACUGAAGAGCUUAAAUCCGGUAUUAGUAAUUCAGUGAUACACAGUAGCCAGUUUACGGUGAGACUGAGAGGGAUGGUGUACCCAUUCUAAUUUUCCUUGCUGCCAUAGCUAGAGCCUUACCUGUAACUGAACUAACUGCUGCAUAGUGUUGGUGUGGCUCUGCUGCACCGCAGUGAUUACAGCACGGGCGGGCUCAGGCUGAUGGGGGCUUUUUCUCCUGUCUGUGCAGUUUCUGUUCUUGCAAUGUCUGUGCUUGGCUGUAGGUGAACCUGAGCCUAAAACCGCAAGUGGCGGUAACUUGGGCUGCUUCAGCUUCCUUUUUGUUAAUUUUUAGGCACCUUUCUCUUCAAGUUUUAAAACACUUUAAAUAUCCACUCUCUGAUAAUAGAGCCAUUUCAAGAGGUCGUGCAUUUUGCAUUUCAAAGUGGAGACAGAUCUCCGUUAGGCUUUAGAUUGAGCCUAAAUGCUGCUUUUUAAAAUUUUAACAGUGUCUUACAGUGGUAUGCAAUGUGAUUUUGCUGUUCCCUAAGAGAGAAUGUAUUUCAUAUAGCCUUCAGUAAUGGACUUUUACAGUCAAAAGUAAACACGCACAAUGGGCAAAUGAGUUGAAA